CCCCCCCCCCUCCCCAUGCACCAUACCCCGUAGCACACGCAGGGGGGGUGUUAUGGGCACCCAGAAAUUCCCCCUGAUGGACUGCAUUCCUUAUUUUAGAAAGCCGCGAUCGCGUACGCGAUCGCGAUCGCAGCUGCCGCUGCGGGGAUGAGGGAUCUAUUGCCGGCAUAGUGGCCUGCAGAUACUGGGAGCUACUGUGCAAUGCUGUGGUGUGUCCUCAUCAUUCCAGUGGCUGUUUGUGGCUGGCAGUGUCUCUCCUCUCCAACCCAGGAGGUGGAGUAUAUAGAGGAACACAGGGGUCUGUACAAGGACGUGAUGAUGGAGAAUCACCGGCCCCUCACAUCACUGAGUAAGAGGAGACUGUCAUGUAUUGUACAGGGGAGAGCAGAUGGACCCAGUAACAGAGAUACCCCAGAGAGAUGUCCCCGUCCUCUGUAUUCCCAGGAUUGUACAGAGGAGAAUCACAGGAUCCCACAGGAGGAUCAGGAUAACUGUCUGACUGAUAUAAAGGCAGAAGAUACAGAGGGAGAAGAAGAGACGUAUGUGACUGAUAUAAAGGCAGAAUAUAUAGAUGGAGAAGAAGAGACGUAUGUGACUGAUAUAAAGGCAGAAGAUAUAGAGGGAGAAGAAGAGACCUAUGUGACUGAUAUAAAGGCAGAAGAUACAUUGGGAGAAGAAGAGACGUAUGUGACUGAUGUAAAGGCAGAAGAUAUAAAAGGAGAAGAAGAGACGAAUGUGACUGAUAUGAAGACAGAAGAUACAGAGGGAGAAAAAGAGACGUAUGUGACUGAUAUAAAGGCAGAAUAUAUAGAGGGAGAAGAAGAGACGUAUGUGACUGAUAUAAAGGCAGAAGAUACAGAGGGAGAAGAAGAGACGUAUGUGACUGAUAUAACGGCAGAAGAUAUAGAGGGAGAAAAAGAGACGUAUGUAACUGAUAUAAAGGCAGAAGAUAUAGCGGGAGAAGAAGAGACGUAUGUGACUGAUAUAACGGCAGAAGAUAUAGAGGGAGAAGAAGAGACGUAUGUGACUGAUAUAAAGGCAGAAGAUAUAGCGGGAGAAGAAGAGACGUAUGUGACUGAUAUAAAGGCAGAAGAUAUAGAGGGAGAAGAAGAGACGUAUGUGACUGAUAUAAAGGCAGAAGAUCUAAAGGGAGAAGAAGAGACGUAUGUGACUGAUGUAAAGGCAGAAGAUAUAGAAGGAGAAGAAGAGACGUAUGUGACUGAUAUGAAGACAGAAGAUACAGAGAGACAAGAAGAGACGUAUGUGACUGAUAUAAAGGGAGAAGAAGAGACGUAUGUAACUGAUAUAAAGGUAGAAUAUAUAGAGGGAGAAGAAGAGACGUAUGUGACUGAUAUAAAGGCAGAAGAUAUAGAGGGAGAAGAAGAGACGUAUGUGACUGAUAUAAAGGCAGAAGAUAUAGCGGGAGAAGAAGACACGUAUGUGAGGGGUGAUCAGCAGUGUAAGGAGGAGGAGAUCCCUACAGAUAUCAGCACAGCAGAUGGACCCACAAGCAGGAAUAUCUCAGAAGUACAUCUAAUGUUAUCCCUGGAUUGUGAAAUAACAGAUAAUGACAGUAGACAGGAUUCUCCAGGAGAUAAUACCAUUACCCCAAUUAUACAUCAAGCUCUAUCAGCUGAUCCCCCUGAUCCUGGGAAAUGUUCUCCUGAUCACUCUAUUACAGCUCUGAGAUUAGAUACAGAGUUUCCCUGUUCUACAGAUGCCAAAUGUUUUACACAGAACACAAACCGUAUUACUCAUCAGCCAGCUAAGGCAGGUGAGAGGCCAUUUCCAUGUUCUGAGUGUGGGAAAUGUUUUACAUAUAAAUCAGAUCUUGUUAGACAUCAGAGAAGUCACACUGGUGAGAAGCCAUUUCCAUGUUCUGAGUGUGGGAAAUUUUUUACAAAUAAAUCAAAUCUUGUUACACAUCAGAGAAGUCACACAGGUGAGAAGCCGUAUUCCUGUUCUGAGUGUGGGAAAUGUUUUGCACAGAAAUCGGAUCUUUUUAUACAUCAGAGAAGUCACACAGGUGAGAAGCCGUAUUCCUGUUCUGAGUGUGGGAAAUGUUUUGCAUCGAAAUCAUAUCUUGUUACACAUCAGAGAAGUCACACAGGUGAGAAGCCGUAUUCCUGUUCUGAGUGUAUGAAAUGUUUUCCACAGAAAUCAGAUCUUGUUACACAUCAGAGAAGUCACACUGGUGAGGAGCCAUUUCCAUGUUCUGAGUGUGGGAAAUUUUUUACAAAAAAAUCAAAUCUUGUUACACAUCAAAGAAGUCACACAGGUGAGAAGCCGUAUUCCUGUUCUGAGUGUGGGAAAUGUUUUGCAUCGAAAUCAAAUCUUGUUACACAUCAGAGAAGUCACACAGGUGAGAAGCCGUAUUCCUGUUCUAACUGUUGGAAAUGUUUUAGACAGAAAUCAGAUCUUGUUACACAUCAGAGAAGUCACACAGGUGAGAAGCCAUUUUCCUGUUCUGAGUGUGGGAAAUGUUUCACACAGAAAUCAGCCCUUGUUAAACAUCAGAGAAGUCACACAGGUGAGAAGCCGUAUUCCUGUUCUGAGUGUGGGAAAUGUUUUACAUAUAAAUCAGAUCUUGUUAGACAUCAGAGAAGUCACACUGGUGAGAAGCCAUUUCCAUGUUCUGAGUGUGGGAAAUUUUUUACAAAUAAAUCAAAUCUUGUUACACAUCAGAGAAGUCACACAGGUGAGAAGCCGUAUUCCUGUUCUGAGUGUGGGAAAUGUUUUGCAUCGAAAUCAUAUCUUGUUACACAUCAGAGAAGUCACACAGGUGAGAAGCCGUAUUCCUGUUCUGAGUGAAUGAAAUGUUUUCCACAGAAAUCAGAUCUUGUUACACAUCAGAGAAGUCACACUGGUGAGGAGCCAUUUCCAUGUUCUGAGUGUGGGAAAUG